CGCCGACGCUGUCCAAAACAAAAAUGGCCGCGAGAGGCGUGUAUUCGUAUCGAAAGUGAAAGUUAAUGGUUGUGUGUUGUUGCUACAACUCUACGGUUGUUAUUUCAGACAUGGCACUUCAAAUAUCAGCUCGAGUUUCGCAUGUCAGAACCCUGCUGUGCACCGCCGGCUCUCUGUCCGGCGGUGUCCGUGGCGACUUCCUCCAGAAAGCUGGCGUCAAGUUGAAGCACUUUCUAACUCGGGGCAGCCCCCAGCAGCAGGUCGGAGGGACGCCAGUAAAGAGCCCUGUCCGCGGCUACAUGAGCGCUGCAACCCGAGCUGACAGGCUGUCAGCGUCUACAGCGACAGCAGCUCUUCGGAGAUUUAGCCAGGCUAACGGGUCCCCCUCCUUGCCCCGAGGUGGGACGGGCUGGCUGGGAAAGUUUGCCCUUGGUGCCGCGCUGGGAGUGGGCACAGCCGCUCUGGUCCGGUCCCUCCACACCGGAAUCAUCACCGCCAUGUCGGUUAAAAGCAACCUGGACUCUGCUGAGGGAAACUGGAAGGAAACCAAGGACUUCUUGUUGUCUCUGCCCGUGGAGGACCGGCGACGGUAUUACAGAACCUCAGGCUCAGUGUCUCUGGAUGACCUUCCUGUGUGGACCCCCACUGCAGGACGUUCUGAGCCGAUCCGCUACCAGAGGAAUGAAAAGUUAGACCUGAAGAUUUCUGUGUUCAGUGGCGACAUCACCAAGCUGGAGAUUGAUGCUAUUGUCAAUGCAGCCAACAAGACCCUGCUGGGAGGAGGUGGAGUGGACGGGGCCAUCCACCGGGCCGCGGGACCCCUGCUCAAGAAGGAGUGCGCUUCCCUCCACGGCUGCGAGACGGGAGAGGCCAAGAUCACCUGCGGCUACGGCCUCCCGGCAAAGUAUGUGAUCCACACCGUCGGGCCGAUCGCUCAGGGAGGAGUUGGAGAGACUGAGAGGAACGCGCUCAGGUCCUGCUACAGAAACAGCCUGCAAGCCGCCGCAGACAACGCCGCUCGCUCUGUGGCCUUCCCGUGCAUCUCCACUGGGAUAUACGGAUAUCCACCCGAACAGGCGGUGCACGAGGCGCUGGCAGCCGUGAGGGAGUUUCUUGAUGUGCAUCAUGACAAGCUGGACAGAGUCAUCUUCUGUGUGUUCUUGCCGACGGAUAAGGAGCUAUAUCUGCAGAACCUCCCGCUCUACUUCCCUGCUGAUCCAGCAGAGGCAGCAAUCAAGAGCAAACUCUAAACAGAUGAAUUUACUAGAUUUGGUUGCUGGAAUACAAUCGACUACGAGCAACGUCAACUUUCUUCCUCCUCUGUGACACAAAUCAAGACCUUCUUCAGCAGGGAAAUAUGUUGUGAAAAGCUGAUUGCUUUUUUUUUCUUUUAGUGUGCUCUCUUCCAUUUUUGAUUAGUUUUUUUUUCUGCUUUAGAUUUGUAUUUUAUGAAAUGUGCAUCUGAAGCUGUGAUCUGUGGGUUUAGUAGAGGAAUAAAAAGUGAAUCACGAGUGUUCGGAUGUUAAGAUCGCAGUUUGUGUGAGAAGCACGACAAAAGCCCACUGAAGCUGAUCUCACAGGCCUCUUGUGUGUGAAGUGAUUAUUUCUCCGGAUGUGCGAUGAGUCAAUGAGUCGAGAAGCCGCUGGAGAACGCGUCUCACAUGUAAUAUUUGCUUUUUUAUUUCGUCUUCCAUUCGCUAUGUGCGGGAGGCUGAGCGGGAAUGAUGAUAAAUGUGUACCGUUAGUUUAACGCUCUUCACAAAGUGUGUUUAUUUUGUCUUUAACUUGAGCUGUUCUAAUUAAAUGUGGCUCAAAGUGUCGACACAAUAACAGUGUCGCUUCAAAACGAGCGCUGAGCUGAUCCAAAUCAUUAUUACCAGAUGAUGAGCACAGAAAAUACUUCUGAAAGCAAAAACACCAACAAAAUUGUAUUAAAGUCAGGCUGUAAAGGUCGUUUUCACUGAUUCUGAAAGACGUUUACGUUGAAGCGAACCAGUGGUAGGAACAGAACUAGCUUCUCAUUUAGCAGUUUUGCUAACUUUGGAAACAGAACGAUUAGCUUCCGCUGAAUUGAGUCUCACUAAUUUUAAGUUCACUAACAUUCACAAGUGUAAAACUUCUGUUUUUAUCCCGUUUUUUAAAUGAAAACUGUCUCUCCUGCGAGCAGUGCUGGA